AUGUUGUAGGAACGAAGCAGACACGGGGACGUGUAGGUGAGGGUUGUGUGGGUGUCACGUUCUCCACCACCUACCAUGGCAAUGAGGGAGUUGGUGGAGCCAGAGUGUGGGGGCUCUAAUCCUCUGAUGAAGCUGGCUAGCCACUUCACACAGGACAAGGGCCUGCAACAGGAAGGACUCCACGGCUCCCUAGCGUGGCCUCCCAUUGGUCCAAUAGCAGAUGUGGUACCCAAACCUCUUGGAAGAGCCACUGAAGAUGAUCUGGUGGCAGAGUUCCUUCAAGAGCAGAAUGGCCCCAUGCUCUCCUGUGGCCCACAAACAUUCAAGAUGGAUGAUCUGUUGGCUGAGAUGCAGGAAAUUGAGCAAUCUAAUUUCCGACAGGCCCCACAGAGAGCUCCAGGGGUGGCAGCGCUGGCACUCUCGGAAAACUGGGCGCAGGACUUCCUUGGUGCAUCUGAUAAUGCAGCUGACGUGUCCGCAGAUUAUGAUGGUGCCGAUUGGUCCCAGGAGUUCAUUGCCGAGGUUACAGGGCCUUAA